AUGUAUUGUUUAAUUCUGGUGUUGGUGGACACACUGCUGUUUUGGGUAACACAGACAGUAGGGUGGCCUGAACUUGAGACAUCCGCUGGAGUGAGCUGUGACCCAUUGUCACCACCCUCCCCCCAAUGUGCAGGCUCCUCAGGGACCCAGACCACCUCGCAGCCCACGGAUAAAGGAGAAGGUGGCCCAUCUGUGGAAAUCUUGGAACCAAGCCAGGAGCCUCCUGUGGAUGUCACCGGGGACCCCAGUCCUCAGGAUGCUUUGGAGGUUGACCUGGCCAUGUCUGUUUUCGAGAUUUCCAUCGAAGAGAAGGUCAAGGAGUCGAGUCCCGAGGAAGAAAGGAGAAAAUGGGAGGAGGGACGCAUCGAUUACAUGGGGAAGGAUGCGUUCGCCCGCAUCCAGGAGAAGUUGGACCGGUUUCUGCAGUAACCCCAGGGUUCGCAUUGUGCUGCGUGUGGUCAGGCAAUAUUCUGCUGCAUGGUCCCGUGAAUGCGGACAUCUCCAGGCCCUUCGAAGGGAACAGGUGUUCGGCUAUGUGCCUCUAUUUAUGGCUGACCAACUUGAGUGCCUCACAAAAAUAAUGUAGACCAUAAAAAACCCAGCUUAAAGCGCUCUACCACCCUGCCCUGCUUAUCCAAGCUACCCAUGCCUUCUUGGCUCCCCUGAGACGUCAGUUCUUCUCAGCAAGUGGGAGCAGGGAUAAACUUCUGGUAGACCCUUGAUCAUGCUCUCUGGUCUUGCUCCACGGAGCUCUGGGAUGCUGCCUUGGGCAGGUGCUACCAUCGCUCUCCCACAUAGGGUUAGAUAUCACUGCAGAUUCUCUUCUGCCCCUAAGCUAACGACACCGAUAUAUGUAUUCAGGACCUCAGGAAGCCUCGACGAUGGAAAGUCCUUUCCUUGAGGACUAGGUAGACGUUCAGACGUCUUGAGGGAGACUCUCACGUAGACUUCGCGGAGCAAGUCUAUGUCUGAGCAACACUACAGGUGUUGUUUCUCUUCUGCAAAUCCUGGUGGGACCGCCCAGUGCUGUUGGCGGAUGCCCGACUUGGGAAAUGCUGGAGGUAAUGUGGAAGGGAGAUUGUAGCUGGCUUGGGAGAUGGAGCGUCUUCUUGGUUGGGGAGCACCGAGGGUUUACUCCAGGUGGUUCUGAUGACACCUCACUCACACUAACAGGAUCUGGAGAGGCUCUUUGUGUAGAGGCAGAUCUGUUUGCAGUCCAUCACAAUUGACUGUGCUCUGCUGGAUAUCACUACCUCAGUCCUAAAUAACGACUCGAGUCACUGUGUUCUCCAGACCACUUCAACGCAGCUGUUUUGGGGAGAAAUCUCCGUUUUAUGAGACUGGAUGCUUUAUUCUAUGAGAAAUCCUCAUCUUCAGAAGUAUCCUCGUUUUGUGAAUUCAUGCAGUGUGUUGGAGCAGCUCUGACAGGGUCACUGCUUGUGGCCACCACCUAAAAAUGGGCAUCACCGUGCUAAAGAGAGGGAAAUGUUAAAAAGUUAGGAUGGUUUGUUUAUCAUGCACGUACUGUGGAACAUCAGAGGGUUUCCUACAGACAGGUUUGGACCACGUGGUGGUGGUUGUGCUAUAACUUGGUGGGUGUGUUUGGCCACGUUUUACAUCAUGUCAAGCAGGUGAGCCCUUGGGUAGAGGAAUGUGGGGAAGUGCAUGAUGUUAGUUGUGGUGUGAGCUUUUUGCAAGACUUGAGUUACAGAGGGGUUGUUUCCUUUAUGUCUGGGUGGCUAAUGGUCUGCAGUCUUGGUUGGGCAUCACACAUAUGAAGCUUCCAGAGCUAAGUGAAGAUAGCCAUAUGGAUAUAGCCUUACAGGGGUUGAGCGGGGAUGGUAAUCAACCAUUAGAGCAACACUAUAAACUUGUUCUGGGGAAAGACCAUGGGUGCUGGGUGCCCUGGUGUUGGGUUAUGAAAAACAGGAGCCCGAGUCUGACAUACUUGAGAAGGAGGAGUCCGGUGAUGAAUAUUGAGUCUGGUUCAGCUUCUGUGGGGAAGAGAACUCCUGUUUCUGGACAGUGGUUCAAUGGCUUAAGGUGUCUGUUCAACACAGACUUCUGUUAUGCAUUCUGGUCUAUAUCUUCUGAUUUGAAUGGAUGCUAAUGCACUUCAAUUAAAAAUUUAAAACAGCAA